AUGCAUACAAAAUGUCAAAAUGAAAUUGAACAACAACAAGCAUUAAUAAUUCAAUUACAAAAAGAUUUAGUUGAAAAAAAUAAAAGAAUAUCGGAAUUAUCCGGUUUAUUGGAUAAAUAUCAAAGUGUAUUUAAUCAAUCACAAUCAUUAUCAACACCAGUAACUGCGAUUAAAGGUCAAAUACAACCACAACAAACAAAAGAACGACCAUUAGGUUCAAAUGAUGUUGUAUUUGGAUUUGGUGGUAAUGAUCAACAACAUUUACAUGAUCCAACUGUACAAACAAGAAAACGUGGUAUAGGUAUAUCAGCUGAACCUCAAAAUGAAGAUGAAAUUCAAUCGAAAGAGCUUAAAUCAUAUCCAAAGUCAGAGGAUGUUCGUAAAUUGAUAAAAGGUGCUAUUCUGGAAAAUGACUUCAUGAAUCAUAUUGCAUCAAGUCAAUUGAGUCAGUUAGUCGAUUGUAUGUAUAGUAUAAAGUUUACUGCGGAUGAAAUGAUCAUCACUGAAGGCGAUUAUGGCUCGUUAGUGUAUGUAUUAGGCGACGGAAAACUAGAAAUUUCCAAAGAUGGUCGAAAAUUAAGAGUGUUAGAUCGUCCGACAGUACUAGGAGAAUUAGCUGUUUUAUAUAACUGUACUCGAACUGCCAGUGUUAAAGCUAUAACUAAUGGAACACUAUGGGCAAUUGAUAGAACAUCAUUUCAAACUAUAUUGAUGCGAGAUCAUUUACAAAAACACAAUGAUUACAUAACAUUCCUUAAAAGUGUACCAACAUUUAGUAAUUUACCAGACAGUACAAUAUCCAAAUUAGCAGAUCAACUGAAUGAAGUUACUUAUCGUCCAAAUGAAUAUAUCAUACGUCAAGGUGCAAGAGGUGACAAUUUCUAUAUAAUUGCUGAUGGUCGUGUAAAGGUGACCAUUUAUCCAACAACAGAGAAUGGCGCAAUUGAUCGUACAAAAGAACCUCAGUUUGUACGUACACUAGGUAGAGGAGAUUGGUUUGGUGAAAAAGCAUUAACUGGUGAUAACUUACGAACGGCCAAUAUUAUUGCAACUGAAGAUGAAGGUGUAACAUGUUUAGCUUUGGAUUUAGAGUCAUAUAAACUUCUGAUUGCUGAUUUGGCUGCAUUAAAAAGGAGAUAUUCACAAGAGAAACCACAAGAAACUACAAUUGAAGAAUAUAAGCCAGAAUUUAAAAACUUAAAGUUGCAAGAUCUAAAAAUUAUGUCUACUUUGGGAUCUGGUGGUUUUGGUCGCGUUGAGCUUGUAAGUAUAGGGAGUGAUAAGACAAAAACAUAUGCUUUAAAAAAGAUGAGAAAACAGCAUAUUAUUGAAACAAAACAGGAAGAACAUGUAAUAAAUGAACGUAAUAUCAUGUUACAUACAGACUGUGAUUUUAUUGUUAGACUGUGCAAAACAUUCAGAGACAAUAAAUAUGUUUAUUUACUGCUUGAAGUAUGUCUGGGUGGUGAACUUUGGUCUCUUUUGAAGGACAAAUAUUUUUUCACGGAACAAGCUACACAGUUCUAUAUGGCAUGUGUAGUUGAAGCAUUGGAUUACUUACACAGGAAAAAUAUUGUAUAUCGUGAUUUAAAACCGGAAAAUAUUAUGCUGGAUACACAAGGAUAUUGUAAACUAACAGAUCUUGGAUUUGCUAAACAGCUACCAUAUGGAGCUAAAACAUGGACAUUCUGUGGUACACCGGAGUAUAUGGCACCCGAAGUAAUAUUAAAUAAAGGUCAUGACAUCGCUGUUGAUCAUUGGUCAUUAGGUGUAUUGUUAUUUGAACUACUAACAGGCUUACCACCAUUUGAAUCACCGGAUACAAUGCGUACAUAUGGAAUUAUAUUAAAAGGAAUAGAUGCUGUUAAUUUUCCAACAAGAAUGUCAAAAAAUGCUCAAUCUUUAGUUAAAAAACUUUGUCGUGAAAAUCCGACUGAACGAUAUGGUAUAGGAAAAGAAGGACUACGUGAAAUCGAAAGGCAUGUAUGGUUCGAAGGGUUCGAUUGGGUUGGAUUACGUAAACGAGUAUUAAAAGCACCAUAUGAAAGACAAGUAACAUCACAAAGUGAUCUCAGACACUUCGAUGAAUAUCCAGAAGAAACAGAAGAGCCAGAAGAUGAAAUAUCGGGAUGGGAUGAAUCGUUUUAA